AUGGCUAAUCCCAACGACUGGUCUCAGUUCGGCAACAACCAAAGCUUCUUCACCACCACCGCCUCCUCCGCCGGAGAUUCCCUCCCGAGUCCGCCGGAAACGGGUCGGGUCUCGAGGCCCGCGCGGCGGAGAUCGAGGGCCUCUCGCCGGGCACCGACCACGCGUCUCAACACCGACACCUCCAACUUCAGAGCCAUGGUUCAGCAAUACACCGGCGGUCCCAGCGCCAUGAAUUUCGGGUCGGGUUCGGGUUUCACUCUCACUCCGCCGUCGUCGAACCCGGCUCUCGGCGCCGGUGCCGACGCCUGCGUCAGCGGUGGUUCCCACGCGCCACCGUCAUGGCAGUACAUGUUUCAGCAGCAAGCCAGUCACGCGCCGCCGCCGUCGCAACCUAGCCCGUACAUGUUCUCCCUGAGCAACGUGAACUCUGACGUUGUGGGCGUUAUCGGAGGAGUGAGCGCGGCGGUUCCCGGCGGUUUUUUCACGGCGGAGGAUGACGGCGACGGAGGCGGAGGAGGUUCGGAUCAGCCGUCGCAGGUUAUUGGAUCGAGGAACGAGAAUAAUUCAUGGCUGCAAUGA